GGUUUAAAAUGAUCCGUUUGUUUUUUAGCGUUAAGACCAGAAACAGCACACAGGAUGUUAGCGGGGUGUUUUAGUCAGAAACAUUCAGAAUAAAAUAACGGAGACAUUUGUUUGGACAGGACGGAAUAAACACACAGAAUGGAUAUCAACUUUUAUGUUCAACGCUUUGAAUCCACUAUCCGAGGUUAUGUGGGAGAUGAUCCACUGUCAGCUUGGGACACGUUUAUAGAAUUUCUGGAUCUCAGACUUCCUCAUGAUGAGAAGAAUAAACUGUCUGUGGUGAUGGAGAAGCUUAUAAAGACGUUCCUGCCAGACAGACAUUACCACAAUGACCUGCGAUUCAUCAACUACUGCAUCAGAUAUGCCAGUAAUCACUCAGACCCUGUGAAGGUGUACAGUGACCUACACGACCAUGGUGUGGGGUUGCACAUGGCUGCUCUGUACAUCAGCUGGGCUCAGCAGUGUGAGAGGAGGAACCUGACCACAGAGGUGCACCAGGUGUAUCAGAAAGCUUUCAACAACCAAGCAGAACCUCUCGACACUCUGCAGCACCACUACAGGUUAUUCCAGGGCAAACGAGGACCGUCUCAGUCGACUCCCUCAGUAGCAGUAAAUAAUCCUCUGCAGGAUUCUCAGUUGGUGAAUCAGCAGCUGCGUCAGAGAAACAGCGUUCAGCCGCAGUGCAAGGAUGUAGUGACUUCUCAGUUUCCUGCAGACAGAUCCAUCCGCAUAAUCUCCAGGUCUGAGAACAACCCACCUCAGUGCACCAGAGGGGACAUGAAGGUGGAGUCCAUGUACUGUGUGAGUGACCUCGUGUGUGAGGGAUCAGAGCUGAGCUUCGAGGAGCUGAGAGCACAAAGAUAUUUUACUAAAGUGAGACAGCAGGAACUGCACAGAGAACAAGAGGAGGUGAGGAGGAGGUAUGAAAAGGAGGAAGAGGAGGUGAUGAGAAUGAAGAAGCUGUUAGAGGAGCUGAACAGCAAGCUGAGUGUUGAGCCGCAGCUACAGCAGGUCACCUCAGAGCCACAUCCUUUCCAGAUGACAGAUGACCCCCCUAAUCCUGGAGGCCAGUCAGAACCCCUCAGUGGCCCUUGUGUAUGUGAGCAGUCCCUUACACAGCACACGGACAGCACACAUGCUCAGUGCAGGCAACACACACUCAUAACACACCCCGAGGGGCCCGGACAUGUAGCAGUGUGUGUGAGCCAAGUCACAUCACUUCCUGGAUCAGAGUGCCUGGAACACAACCAAGCCCAGGACAUGCUCAAGUGUGACAUGUUGAAUUGUGAAGAGGACGACGAGGAUGUGGACACAGACGUGUCUUAUGGAGUCUUUAAUCAUCACACCCACAUCACCCCCAACACGUCUCUGGGUCUAAAUUCAACUACUCCUUCACGUGCACUUCCCUCCCCAACUGUUAACACAAGAGAGGCUCUGGAUCUGAUCGGGAACAUGUUCCAGGGACCUACUCUGCUCCAGGACUCACUAUUCACCACCACACACAACUCUGCCACUGAGGAAGACAGCUUUGAAAAGAACUGCAAAGUCACUGGCUUUAAUCCCUCCUCAAUGAAAGCACCUUCCUCAGCACCAUUCAGAAUUUAUCAGGAUGAAAACAACGAGAACGAAAGUGGUGAUCCACAGGUGGUGCUGAAGCCCCCACCUGCUGCACCCCGUGUCCUGAUGGAGAUCCCCGUGUCUACAGCGAAUGUCACUCCACAGGGGGCGGAGUCUCUUACAGAUGAAAGCACAGCGUGGGGUUCAGGACACACCCCUAUGGCCCCCUUCCCCAAUCACACACAAGAGUUUGCUCUCUCUGCAAAUUUAGUGUCAACACCUCUCCAUCUGAUUACUCUGUACUCCAGGGACACACAGCACGUGGAAUGUGGCGCAGGAGAAAACCCGUAUCUGCGUCAGCCUGCAAAACUGAGUCCCAUUUUGGAGCAGAGUCCCCCUGAGGACAAGCAGUGUGUCGGAGCCGAGUGCACACCCACAGAUCAGGGAACCAUCGUUGGCGAGUGUUUAAGUCUGCAGAGACGCACACGUUCUCCGUCACACAGCAGUCAGACCAACACCACCAUCACCAGGCAGGUGUUAGCACCACUCCGUAUGUUAGCUCCACUCACCCUCCCCCAGCACAGCAUCACACCCACUCAGGAGCUCCGAACCAGAACCAAUCCCAGCUGGAGUGUCUAUCAGAGCCCAAACCAGGAGAUAACAAAACGUCACAUGAGCGAUCUGCAGUGUAGCUCGAGCAGAGGGUUCAGCUCCAUCAGCCUGGGCUUGGGGAGAGAAGCUACACCAGACCACGUGAACUCCAAGCCAGAAGGGAACCGCAGCUCAAACAUCCUGCCAGAAACAGACCAGUUCAUCUCAAGCAGCCAAACCUCAGUGAGAGAGCAGUUGAGGUUCAGCAGUGUGCAGUGGAGCUCAAACAGGGAGCUCAGCUUCCACAAUCACAACCCAAAUCUGUUCAGCAGACUGUUAGGAGAACCUUCACCUGAGAAGUUGAACAUCUUUGAGGAGAAACAAACAGACCAGGGACAUUCCACCCAAUUGCAGCUAUCAGAUGUGGAAGAAGCUGAUCUUCUCCUCCCUGAGAGAUCCUUCAAUAUGCACAAAUCUAUAGGUCUGCUCUCGGAGAACCCCCAGAUGCACCAGAGGAGAUCCUUCUACAAAGUUCCACAAAGCCCAGACCCAGUGUUGUGGGUGAACCAGGAUGUGCCUAUGAGUCCAGCACCAGCUCUAGGGUUUGGCUGGCUUCAAGUGGAGAGUCCGGUCCAGACCGCUCAAUCUGACCUGGAUUUGAUGGAGUCGCCGCCUCAGACCUGCAGACCUGGCUGGGAUGUCCACUCUGAUGUCCACUCUGAUGUCCACUCUGACCAGCGGUCUGGGAUUCUGCUCUCUAAAAGAUCCUUUGGCAAACACAAAUCUGAUCACACACUUCUCCUGACGUUAAACAGUGCAGAGAAGUCGGGUGGUGCAAGUCCAUGUGGAGGCUCAGACCGGGGUCAGGAUGUUCCCAUGAGCCCAGAUGUGGAGCCCAGACUAAACUGGAUUCCCAUCAUGGAGACCGAGGCAGAUCUGGACAUCAUAAUGACUCCACAGCAGAACAAUAAGACAUGUCUGGAGACAGAGAAUGAUGUAGAGAUGUCCCAAAAGCUGGACUGUGAUGUUGUCAUGAGCCCCACACCGCCGUCUGCUCCACCCAAAGCCUCUGUACUGAUCUCUGACCCAUGGGAUGAUGACCUGAUCGUGUCUCUUCUCGCUGGUCUACACACUCCUUUGUCCUCGUUCCCCAACCUACACAGCUGGACAUGCACUAUUCCCCCCAUCACCCCAAAACUCGCCGUGCAAUUGGGUGAUGAGCGUUUGCGUGUGGACUGUGUAUUAGGGCAGGGAGCUUUCGCCACUGUUUAUCAAGCUACAAACCUCACUAACUGUCACAAACUCAUCCUGAAGGUACAGAAGCCCCCAACCCCCUGGGAGUUUUACAUUAACACUCAGCUGAACGUGCGCGUGGAGCCCAGAGCUCGUCACCUGUACAACCUGCUGCACAGCGCUCACCUGUACAGCAACGGCAGUGUGCUCAUAGGGGAGCUGCACAACUGUGGCACACUGCUGAACGUGGUAAACCUGUAUAAGAGCCGCAGUGAGCGAGUGAUGCCGCAGCCUCUUGUACUAUAUUUCACAGUGUGUAUCCUGGACAUGGUGGAGCGACUGCAUGCUUCACACAUCAUCCAUGCUGACAUCAAGCCUGACAACUUUCUGCUAGGAGAGAGGUUCCUGGAGAACAAGAACCUUUUUGAUGAGAACCUGGAGCAUGGUUUGGUUCUGAUAGAUUUUGGUCAGAGUAUUGAUAUGACUCUGUUCCCUGAUGGAGCUCAGUUCAUGGCCCACUGCAUGACCUCUGGCUUUCAGUGCACAGAGAUGCUCAGCGGCCGACCCUGGACAUAUCAGACGGAUUACUUCGGUGUGGCCGGCACUGUGUACUGCAUGCUGUUUGGCUCGUACAUGCAGGUGAAGAACGAUGGAGGUGUUUGGAAGCCCAGCGGAGUGUUUAAGAGGGUUCCUCACAGCGAGCUGUGGCAGGAGCUCUUCCACGUCUUAUUAAAUGUCCCUGACUGCUUGUCCUUGCCGUGUUUGCGUGUUCUACGUGAGCGUCUCUCAGCUGCCCUGGUGACAACCUACAGCACCAAACUGCUCGGCCUCAAGAACCGCCUUGUGGUGCAGAUCCUGGAGUCCAGACCCUCCUGCAGAUAGGAAUCUCCUCUGCACUGAACACCAUUUACACAGAGGCUCGUUUGCUGUCACUCAUGUUCUGAGAUCUCUUUUGUUUUUUAUUGAAAGUGUUUUUUGUAAAAACUGUAAAAAUAUUUUGUGACUGACCAAUAAAAUAAAUUCCACAUGAUGGUGGAUGAGGGUGGGGUCUCAAGUGAAGGGGCGUGGCCUCAGAGCUCAGACUGAGCUGAACAAACCGCUUCAUGCUGUUUCUCUCUUGAACACAAGAUGGCGAAGUUGAGCUGUAAAAGAUUGUCCAAACUAAAUAAAGUCUUUUUUGCUCUA